UGAAAAAAUGUGUGCCGGACGCCGCCGGUUCGCUUAGGGGGAUUAUUAGGAAGGAAUAAGCGAUGAUGGUUAAGUGAUGGUUUCUGGAUGGUAGAAGUUGAUGAUGUCGCGGUGCGGUGCCAAAGUGGUCCUUCUCUCCUCGCUGCUCCUGGCAAGUGCGAUAUGCCUGAUGAGGUUGGCCGUGUGGUUGUGGGCGUUACCGUUGAAGACCGCGAACGGCGGACACGAAGUCGCCCUCUGGCUGGACGAGAACCACCUCUCCAAUUACCAGCAGCUCUUCCAGGAUAAAGGUAUUUCCCAGUUGACCCAGUGCGGACAAUUGGGAGAUCUUCCGGAACUUCCCGCGCCCGAUGAGCAGAGGCUGCAGAAGGCGGCCGCCCUUCUACAGCAGCGCCUCGUCCUCAGGCAGUGGCUCACCAAACACAACCUGCAGAACUAUUAUCCAAGGCUGCUCAGUUUGGAGGUGGCGAGCUUGGAGGACGUCUACUGGUUCGAAGAUUCCAAAGCGCAGCAGGUGCUGCAGAAGGACUUUCCGACGUGGACGACGGCCAGACAAUCUUUGCCCAUCUCCAAGCAACGGUUGGAAUCGCUGAAGGCCGAUCUGUGGUCGGAGGUGGUCAAGACAAGCAGCCAUCAGGAUGCUUGGACUUGGGGUGGAAUGUUGGUGGUAUCGGUUUCGAUGGCCGGAUUGGUUACUCUGGCCGCCAUCACGCAGCCCUCUUUGGCCCCGGAAGCGAAGCACUCCCUUCUGCAGUACGUGACGGGAAAGUACCUUCUACCCUCCAAUUGCAAGGUCAUCUUCAACUGGUCAGAUCCGCACACGGUCGGAAGCACCGUCUGCUUCACCGUCCACUUCUUCCAACGCAACGGACAACCUUACCCUAUCUGUGAUACCGAUCAACUGUCCGUCGAAGUCUCCGAGGGCUCCAGAAAGAUGGCCAUCAUCACGGAGCUGGGCUCACCAACGGACCCGAACAGCGCGAAUCAAGCGCGAGUCAAGUUCAUGGUGCGACACGCCGGCCACUACCGGAUAUCCGUUAUGAUCGGAAACCAGCACGUGGCCGGAUCCCCGUUCACCAGAGGCUUCACAGCUGGUCCUGCCGACGCCCAAAGGACCAUCGUCCUCAGACAUUGCAGCACCGUCGUCUGCACGGCGAGCGUUGCGCACCUCCUCUACAUCGAACCCAGAGAUGAAUACAACAAUGUAUGCACAUUCACACCUUCCGAUGAUCCAACUCGAGGUUACACAGUUACGCUGACGCAGCUGGGUGGAAAAUCACAGAGCUGUAAUCCGGAUGUAACUGAGGAGAAGAGAUACACCGUGAGUCUAGAUUACGACUGGCAGAACCAAAGAAUCAGCAUUCAGCUGAAGUUCCUGUACGAGGGAUGUUUCCACGCGACGAUCAAAUACAAUGGCACCGAACUGCAUAACGGCGACUUCGACAUUAUCGUCUUGAAUAGUAUCGAUUCCACGCUGGUGCACAAGAACGUCGCCUCCAAAAAUCAUAACAUCUGCUACGAAGCGAAGCUGGUCGGCAUCAACGGCGAUCACGCUUUCAAACCGAAACGCGUCCUUUGCUACGUCUCACCAAAGCAGCUCAUCAUCAAAGAACUGAUCCUCAAAUUCAUACCAAAGAGACUGUACACGUUCAGGCUGUGUCCCUCCACCAAAUUUACGUUCCAACCGUCAGUGCCGUCGCCGACGAAGCAGCUGGACGCGUACGACGGAUCUUUCACGAUAGAGGACGGAUGUCAGCCGAAGCUGGAGCUCGUCUCCAAAGAGCGCAACGUUAUAGCAGCCACCUUCGCUCAGUACCUUCUGAAGAAUAUGGGAGGCUCGGAGACGUUUAAAGAUAAGCAAGAGUUCUUCUACCACGAGGUGCGCAAGUAUCACCAGAAGCAUUACCACGAGAAGCUCAGUAUGAAGGUGAAUCGCGAAAAGCUGUUGGAGUCCAGCAUGAAAGCAACAAAGAACUUCAGCGUGUCGGAUUGGUGCAGGAACUUCGAGAUCACGUUUCAAGGGGAAGAGGGUAUUGACUGGGGUGGCGUUCGGCGCGAAUGGUUCGAGCUCAUCUGCGUGCAGCUCUUCGAUCCCAAGUACAACCUGUUCCGCAGCUUUCACGACGGUCAACAGUCUCUGGUGCAUCCGAACGCACAUAGAACGGGCAACUUGAAGCUGAAACACUACGAAUUCGCCGGAAAAGUUGUGGGAAAGUGCUUGUACGAGAGCGCACUCGGCGGUUCAUAUCGUCAGCUGGUUCGAGCCCGAUUCACCAGGUCCUUCCUAGCGCAGGUCAUAGGUCUUAGAGUUCACUACAAGUAUUUUGAACAAGACGAUCCCGACCUGUAUUUGUCCAAAGUCAAGUACAUCCUAGACAACGACAUCGACGAAAUCGACACGGAAAUCUUCUUCGUGGAGGAACAAUACGACAGUGGCGGACAGUUGAGUAAACUUAUCGAGUUGAUUCCGAACGGCACGAAGAUUCGAGUGGACGACAACAGCAAACAUCAGUAUUUGGAUGCCCUCGCCCAGUAUCGACUUGCGAAGAGCAUCAAGGACGAGUUGGAGGCCUUCCUCAAGGGUCUGAAUGAACUCAUUCCCGACAAUCUGCUCAGCAUCUUUGACGAGAACGAACUUGAAGCUUUCCAGUUGCUACUGUGCGGCACCGGGCAGUAUUCCAUCGCGGACUUCAAGCAGCACAACGUGGUGAACGGCAACUCGGUGGAGUUCCGGAGGAUCGUCGGAUGGUUUUGGGCGGCAGUCAGCAAUUUCACGCAGGAGGAGAUGGCCAGGUUAUUGCAAUUCACCACAGGAUGUUCGCAGCUCCCGCCCGGCGGUUUCAAGGAGCUCAAUCCUAGGUUCCAGAUCACCGCUGCACCGACCUUCGGCAACCUGCCAACCGCGCAUACUUGUUUCAAUCAGCUCUGCCUUCCCGACUACGACUCUUACGAGCACUUCGAGAAGUCGUUGCUGUUGGCCAUCAGCGAAGGCACCGAAGGUUUCGGAAUGGUGUGAUCGAUGGAAGAGGAUCUGGACGUCUUCUACAACUACACCUUCGGCUCUUUGAUGAUCAUCAAAGUUGGGCGACGACGAAUUCCGUUUGAUAUUAUCUCUAGUCCAAUUAAUUUUUCUGUUCCGCACCCCUAUCAAAUCGGAAACUCGCCGCCCUUCGUGUUAGAUCGUUUCGCGAGGAUUUUAUAGCAAUUUUGAUUUACACUCGUAUACAUAUGUAUAGAUUAUAUUGCGUACAUUUAGGGACCAGAUUCUCUCAAAGCGGAUAACACGAGAGAUGAGAUGAGCGAGUAGAGACAGACUGUAGGGUUUUCUUUUUUUUUUCAAAAUCGCGCUGCUAGAAGGUAAAAUAGCACAAAGAAGCAAGCAACAAUCUCGCAUGAAUAAUAUAACAAGACAAUACGUUUACGGAACGCGCCUUCAAAACGUCGUGUUAAAUAAUAGAUAAAUAACUGGAAGAAACGGGAUGGAAACAAUGAUUUCCCCCAGGUUCUUCUACAUUUUUUUUCGUUACCAUUGUUUUAAUGUUGCUGUUGUUUUUUUUUUAAUUAUUUUCCUUUGUCUGCGAACUGCGACCAUUCUCGAUUUAUUACACAGUCUGUGAUGUUGUUUUUGUACCCACUUGUACUCUUUUUUUUUUAUUUGUCCUUCGUUUUCGUAAAAUGUGAUACUGUUGGGAGGAGGAAAGUCGCAGCAGCACGUCCAAAGAGGAAUCAAAAGUAAUAAUUUAUAAACGAAGAAGCGUAAGGAAGGAAGAAGAAAAAAAAGUGAGAAACGGGUGAAUUUUGAGACUUCUCAAGUGAUAGAACUUAUUACCUUUGUUUGUUUACGUGUAGUUACGAGAGAAGUCACAAAGAUAUUUAUUGCUUUUGCAUUUUCUAUAUAUACAAU